UCGUGCGUGAUCUUUGUUACUUCGCGCUGACACGGUGGUGGAAGUCGCAACGGAACUUCAGUGCAGCUGCGACGAGCAGCUGACGCGGAAUCAUUUGGAGUAGCCUGCAGUGGAGCUCGCGCCGCGUACGCGACAACGCACGACAGGUCAGGACCACGGUGCUGCGCGCGCGCGGGUGUCGAGACGGGGGACACGCACACGGUACUGGACCGCUCACGCCGCUGCCGCAGCCUCCGGACAGGACAGCCGCGGGGGAUCCGCGCGUGUCUUCGCCGAUCCGCGUGCAAAUGAGCUCGCGCCGCGAGUGCGCGCGUGAAAGAAACGCUUCUGCUACCUGCGCUCGUGGUCGCGUCUCAGUCGCGAACAGUGCGGUGUGUCGUCGUCGUCGUAAUCAUCAUCAUCAUCAUCAUCAUCAUCAUCACCAUCAUCGUUACGCGAUUCCGCGACGUGGUGCAUCGCCGGCUGUGCUCCGCGUUCACGACGACUCCGGGACGAAGACGGCGGUCCUGAGAGGGAGGCCUGUGUAAGAAAGAGCACGGCUGACAAGUGUAUGCGCGCGGGCGCGCCGACGAGGGAAUACUCGCAGUAAAUUGUUGCGGCAAAGUCUAAAAUCUGGUGCAUCUAAACAUGGAACUGACACGAUUACCUUCGCCACUGGCUUUGGCUUUGGCCCUGGCCUUUCUUUCGACGGUACACCGUUGCGACGCCGCCUCGGAAAGUAUAAUAGGAAGCCGUGAGACCUGCGACACCGAGGGGGAAGACAUCACCGUCGACAAGAUCUUGAACACCAGUUGCUUCCGCUGCAUCUGCAAGAACGGAUUUGUGGAGUGUUUAAAGCAACAAUGCCCGAACAUCGAAGGUUGCUACGCGCUGGUGGACCCGCGCGACGACGAGUGCUGUCACAAAUGCACAGGGUGCGUACAGAACGGCAUUUAUCAUGCUUCGGACACGGAAUGGACAGAGGAAAACGAUCCCUGCCAAAUAUUCACCUGUAAAGCGGGCGUCAUUACCGAGUCAAGGCUACGAUGUUACACGCCCUGCUCUCAUCCAAAAGCGGCUCCACCUGGCCAAUGUUGUCCCAUAUGCGAAGGAUGCUUGGUAAAUGGACAGAAAGUAACAGAGGAUAGGUCAGUGACUACGACGGAGGAUCCCUGUGUAACUUGCAAGUGCAAUAAAGGACAUCUCACCUGCGCGAAGCAAGCCUGUCCUACUCUCAAUUGUCCUGCUUCAAGGAUCGUCGACGAAUCCGGCGAAUGCUGCCCGUACUGUCGAGGCAGCGCAAGAUUCUUUUCUCCUCCGAAAGGUGCGUGCAUGCUCGGCACGCGUUUGCAUAAAUCGGGUACUGAAUUUUAUGUGGAUCACUGCACGCGUUGCACCUGCGACAAUUCGGCAAUCUCGUGCGUAAGGGAGACCUGUCCGGUACUGGAGUGCCCCAGAGAGCACCAGGUGACACAAGUCAACCGUUGUUGCCCACAAUGUUCGCUCGUCGAGGAGAGCAGAGCGUCUUGCUCCUACGGCGGAAAAACUUAUGUGGAUGGCGAAAAUUGGAAGCUGGACUCCUGCAAGACAUGCACCUGCAAACAGGGCAAAGUGCGCUGCGCAAUGCCUCAAUGUCCACCGAUGAACUUUCCUUGCCCACCAAAUUCCAAGUUGGAACAUCCGGAGGGUCAGUGCUGUCCCCGAUGUGUCGAGCGUGACGGAGUUUGCACGGUUUUCGGAGACCCUCACUAUCGUACGUUUGACGGUAAAUACUACAGCUUCAAGGGAGCGUGCAAGUAUCAACUGGUUACCGAUUGUUUCUCACACACAUUCAGCAUACGCGUGACCAAUGAUGCCAGAAAAACGAAGUUCUCAGCGUGGACCAAAACUAUCGCCAUAAAGAUCGGCAAUUUGAAAGUGAAUCUUGGCCAAAAAAUGAGAGUAAAGGUAAACGGAAAGAAGGUGGACAUUCCUUAUCGCAUCGCUAAUCAAUUGAACAUCAGCCAUACGGACGACAGUGUGAUCGUUGAAACGUGGAUCGGGGUCAAAGUCCAUUGGGAUGGUAUCAGUUUUCUUGAAGUAUCCGUGCCUUCGUCAUACAGGGGUCAACUAUGCGGUCUCUGUGGUAACUUCAAUUCCCAAAUCAAAGACGACUUUACUGCGCGGAAUGGACGAGUGGUGCAGGAUCCACAGCAAUUCGGUCAAUCCUGGGCCGUGGGUGACAUCAAGAAGAUGUGCACCCGAAUCCCAAGAUUUGGAAAUACUACCAGACAGAAACGUUGUCGAGACAGAAAAGAUCAACGAUUGUGCACUCGACUGAAAUCACAGAUCUUCUACCCCUGCCAUAAGAAGGUGAAUCCACAGAUGUAUUACAAAGCCUGCCUUCAGGAUAUGUGCGAGUGUCCGACCCAGCACUGCUACUGCGAGUCCUUCGUGGCGUACGCGCACGAAUGCAAGCGACUCGACAUCCCGCUGCCGCACUGGCGAAAAGCCACGAGGUGUCGAACCGUUUGGGACCAACGAAUAAGUCAGACGAAUUUCGCUCGCCGCUUACAUUAAUCGCACGCUUUGUCCACCGCCGCGUCCAGCCUCUAGAAACUCCCCCCUCCCCCCUUUUAAGAGACGUACAGCGAGAACAGCCGCAUCGAACUUGAUGUACAUUCUGCAUGCAUUUAGGAAGAGAAUCACUCUAUAUACGACCUUAUUCCCUUUCUUCCCUUUUCUUUUCUAAGAUAACGUUUUAGUGUACGCGAACAACGAAGAAGAGAUACGAUGCUGGAACAGAAAUCUUUAGAAUUAAUGUGCCUGUGUUUUUGUAUAUGAAACUUUAAACGCAGGCGCAAGAAAAAGAACAAAUUUCUCACGGAAAUUCGGAAAUUUCUCUCUUGAAAUUCGGAAUCGAUUUCGGAAAUCGAAUUUCCCGUUGAGCGAGAUAAAGUUUCCGAUUGAAAACUCAGUGAGCGCGUAACACAAAGAACGUGGCACUCUUCUUAGUACUCCGUGACAUGUACCAUGAGGGAUUAAUGCAAAAUAAGUAUUCAUAAAUGCUUAUUUAUUCGUGAAGCAGUGUAAUGCACGUGGCACUUAUAAGUCCGUCGUCUAUAAUGAGAAACGGCAAUAGACUGUUAAUGCGGUAGAAAAUGUUUCGCUGCUUGCGCUGCAAAUGUAAUACGAACAACUGUACGUAUGUCGGCUGACAUCGGAAUAAUCGUGAUGUUGUAUUACGACAAACGACAUACGUAACUGUUAACAAUGAUGAAGCAGAAAAGCAGUUGAAAUUUUCACUCGACUUCGCUGCCAGCUUACGUCUCCUCUUCGACAUAUUCUUCGUGAUGUUAUCUUUUUAUUCCCAAGAGCUCUUUCUGCGGGAGCGCGUAGACCGGACGCGGCGGAGUGCUCGGCGAGAAUCUACUAGUCACCACUUCGUAUCAAUAUGCAUUAACGGUAAGUUCCUGUGCCCCCAUGUUAAUAAUGUCGAGUAGCGACUAGGGACGCACUCGAGCCGGAGUAGUACUCUUUCAUAGUUUUUGACAAGAAAAAGAAACUUCAAGCUUCGUAUUAAUAACACUCGCGUGAAUGAAUUAUACGUGAAUAAUAAUUAUGCAAAAUUAUUGCGCAAGGAACAUCCUUUUGCCGUCGAACGAAAAUCUGUUUUGUAAGUUUUACGUGAAUUCUGGAACAGUAUUUUUUUUGGAAAAGAGAAAAAGUUUAAUAUCUGACUCGUCCGUAAUCAUUCGUAAUAUAACUUGUAUUGAAAAGAUAUACUCUUCAAGUUAUAUUUUUUUUCCAUUAUUGUAGUGUCUUUAAAAGUUAUAGAAUAGAUUUAAAAUUUACAAACAUUUUUUUUAUAAAUCUUUAGACACAGAGUGUAAGAUAGAAAUUAAACUACAUUUAUGAGCAGAUUUCGCAUUUUUAAAUAAGAAAAAAUACAUGUAAAUUAGUUUUAAGUUUCCUAAAAUUAACAUACUUUUGCAAUUUGAGUCAUCGACCGGUUGUAUAGACCUAUAACUACUGUUUUUAACAAGUCGAAUUCAUAUCUGAUUAUUAUUUUAUUCUUAUAGCAAAUUUUUUCAGUCAGACUCUGACUUGAGUGCCUCUAGUAGCGACUAUUCUCAUCGAUGCGGAGCGGUGGCGAUUUCGCGCUCAUUAGUACGGAAAUCUCACGGCAGCACAAGUACACAGCCAUGACACCCGGAAAACAUGGAUCUUACAUGUGUGUAUGUGUACGUCACGAUUUUAUGUCGCGAAAUCCCGUAAAUCCGAGAGGAAGCAUCGCAAGUCAAGCUAGAGUCGUACAAAUGUCGGAGAACGUAUAAUCUUGCACAGAGCGAAGCGCAAAAAGUAAAAACUCAUAUCUAGAGUUAAAAUACAACUUGAUACCAUUUAAUCCUGAAUUUUUUAUAUCAUAGAUGUAGCUUCGCGUGCGCCAUUCUGAACCGAGAAUGGCACGUCUAGUUCUAGGAUCGUCCCUUGUCCGCGUGGGAUUAUUAUCGAACAAAAAUUGAUGUGACAUACCAUAAUUGACGAAAUGUAGUAUCAUUGAUUGUGUUGUAAUCUCAUAAUUAUUAUCGGCAUUUCUUAAUAACUGUAAAUGCUGCCUUAUGAAUUUUAUAAUAUGUACUUCACUGAAAAGCUUAUGUACGAAUAAACGUAGGAGUAGAAUUCUAACAAGACAUGUACCGAUAUAAAAAAUGGAAUCAAUAUACUUGAAUUCGUGAGGAAUUCUCUUCGAGGACUUUACCAAUUAGCAGCAGAUGACGAUGUCUUGUAAUGUUUCGGAACACCGUGCAGUAUUUCGGCCGAUGAGCAGGCUCGCGGCAUAGCAUGUACAUCCCAAUUUAACGCAAUCGAUCGAUUAAUCUCAUAUAUAUAUAUAUAUAUAUAUAUAUAUAUAUAUAUAUGUAUGUAUGUAUGUGUACGCAUAUAAUGUAUGUAUGAACUCGCGGAUCCUUGAAUCCACAGAUUUGUGCCUCUUACAUUCGUUUUGCGGAUCUCCGCAUUUACAGAUUCGCAAGUUCAACGAAUCAUCGACUAUAUACGACGCAUCGUAGAUUUGUCGUUUCUCAAGCUCUCAUUUUCCGUGAUCUUUGAUCGACUUUAAAUCCGGAAAUACGCAAUCGCAAACUUACAUAAAUUUUUUUAUACGUCCAGCUCCUUUAAUUCACGAAUUCACAAUUCUACGAAUUUUCUUUUGCUUCAUAAAUCACGCAAUCGCUCUCUUGGGACGUAUAAAUUUUUUAUUAUCCCCAGAUCCAUAUAAAUUUCCACGGAUCCGGAUACACCGAUACUGAUACAUUCGCCCCGAAUAUAAUAAAUUCGCAAUUCCACGAAUCGCGCCUGCACCCACGAAUUGUGGUUCCACAAAUAUAUAUUUCUAUUUCUAUGUCCGUGGUGCCAUGGAUCUCUGAUCUCAUCGUAGAUUUUCCCAUUUUACACAGAUCCUUGGAUUCACAGGCCCGCCAUUUAUCAGACUCUUACAUUUUCGUUAUGUAGAAUUAAGAGGGAAUAUUUCCCUAUUUUGUCUUCGAUGACGAGUACACCUUUUUUAUAUUAUAUAUACAACAUAUAUCUAAGUAGCGUAUAACGUAAAUGUUUCUUUAUACUUUAGUUUUAGCGAAGCGUUUGUAUAUAGAACAAGAUUAUUAAGCGAGUACUAAACACAUACUGGUUUCGAUAAGUACGAUUUUUAAAUGCAUCUUUACUUAUUAGUAUCCCUUUUUUAUUCCGCGUUUCAAUUUUCCUUUUUUUUCCUAUUUUCCUACUUCCUACUUUUUCAUCUUACUUUUACCUUUAGUAAAUUGUUACAAAAUUUUGCAAAAGAAAUUGUAGAACCAUUUUACUAGACUAUUACUUUCGUGAAAGGCAACAAGAAAACAGUAUCUUUUUAACUUACAUUAGCAAAAAUGUAUAUAUAGCCGAAAUACACUGUAAUUAAUUAUCAAUGAAGAGUUUCGACGAGGAAUCAAACCAACACUGUAUACCGGUUAGUCCAAAGUGUUAGCUAAUUUUUGACGACUUUAGUGUAGAACUUUUUAAUGUAAAACAGAGAAUUGCGAGCGUAAUAAAUCAAUUAUAUUCGUAAACAUCA